AGCGUCGAUUGGCACUGUCAGUGACACAAUGGGGUCGACUACGGUUCUUCUACUUUGGCCACUGCUCCUCUCAGUUGUUUGGAGUCAGUCGGUGAUUACUGAUGCCGGACCCAACGAAUUCCCCUACGUCGUGAAGAUUAAUCUUAAAGGUAUGGGUUUCCCUAAAACUGAAGCAGCAGUAGUUGUUAGCAAGAGAUACAUACUGGCCUCAGGAAACACAAAAACUUUAGAACUCUCAAACUUGGACGUCACGGAUCAAUCUGGAAAGGUUCGGCCCAUAGCACGGGCUGAAGCCUUUUUGAGCUAUAAAUUUGCUUAUCUGAAGGUGUGUGAGAAAUUUGAAGGGGCGACCAUGCCGAUGACGGCCUCCAGCUUCAACGACCUCUCUGCUGAUGUCAAUUCAACCGGGUUUCUUCUCUUCUUCAAUGCGUCAUCUCACGUCUUGAGGAAAUUGCCUGCCUCCGCGAUGAGCACUGCAAACUGCGCUAAAGCCGAUGGAGGAAAUUAUCUUUGCACGUACCAGGAUUCGACUCCCGGUUACUGUUCAUUCUAUACGGAUGACACGCCUUCCUAUACCAAUACGCCGUUAAUUGCUUUCGGAAACCAGGUUCAAGGACGCAUGUAUGGACCUGCAUGUGAUUCCAAGACCGGCGAUAUGAGUGGUAGUUGGACGUUUCAUAACUACGCCCACCACUCCCAAUCAAUCAUUUCUAAUGUUCCCGAGGUUGACAUUAAAUAAUUUCUCA